AUGAGUGAAAAACAACCACUAUUAAACACAUCUGACGAAUUGUUUGUUGAUAAUACUGAUAAUGAAGUCAACAACCAACUUGCAACCAAUAGCUUUCUUGAUUGGCGUCGAUGCUUUAGUGGCCAGAAAAAUGCUGACGAUUAUAAAAAAUUGAACCAUGAUACCGAAUAUGAUGAAAAAAAGGAUCUACCAGUUGGUGUUUUCCACUUAUUUAGGUUCGCAGAUCGUCUUGAUCUUCCUUUCAUAUUGCUGGCGGCAUGUCUCCUUGUAUUACAUACAAUUUGUCUCCUAACUAAUCUAGUUCUUUUCGGUCAAAUUACUAGCAUCUUUGCUACUGAAUCAUUUUCUGUUAGUUGUCAACAACGUCAACAUCAGAAUAAUAGUAUAUGUUCUCUUGGUAUUGAGCUCAGUCUUGCCAAUGAUGCUCGACUACAUAAACUGUGUCAUAAUAGUGAUAUAAUUUCUUCAUCAACAUUAACUCCAUUCGUGUCUUCAUUUCGAGAAAACAUUAUGAAGAAGGUUCAAUGGUUAUUUAUUAUUGGUGGUAUCAUGUUUCUAUGUUGUUCGGUCGAAUAUUUUAAUUGGACGAUUCUCGUGAAACGACAAACAUCCCGUAUGAAUAUUUUGCUUUUUCGAUCACUUAUUCAACGGAAUAUGGCUUUUUUUGAUAUGAAUCCGAUUGGUCAAUUCAAUUCUAAACUAUUUAAUAAUAUUGAAACGAUUGAGAGAGGUAUUGGUUUUGAAUUUUUGACAUUACUAGGAAUCAUAUUGGGCAUGAUCAGUGGUAUAAUAUUAUCUUUUAUUAUCAAUUGGCAAUUGACUUUGAUCAUGCUAUGCCUUACACCUGUUAUUAUUAGCCCUUCAUUCUUGUUUUCUAAGCUCACCGCUAAUGAAUCAAUCAAUGAAUUAAAAUCAUAUUCAAAAGCUGGACAGAUUGUUCUAGAAGUUUUUAGCUCAUUGCGAUCUGUUCUUUCACUUAAUGGAGGCAAAUUUGAACGAAAACGAUAUGAAAAAGAAUUAGAUUCUACUCGUCAGAGUAGUAUACGAAAAGGUACUGUAUAUGGUAUCUUUGUUGGUUGGUCAUCUCUUAUCAGCUACAUAACUUAUACAGUUGGUUUUAUCUUUGGCUCUUUACUUAUGUCUUAUGGAAACGAUCAUAUAUUGAACAUGAGUGAUAUGCUUGUUGUUAUCUUCAUAUUUGCACAGUGUACAAGGUACUUUAAUACGAUUGGCCCUUUCUUCCAGGCAUUUUCGGAAGCCCAGGGUGCAGCAGCACCUGUUUUUCGACUCAUUGAUGAGGCACUAGACGCCAGUAUAAAUGAAACAGAUCUAUUAGAGGAACACAUAUCAGAUAAAGAUCAAUCGAUUUGUGAUAUAAAUGGUAAUAUUAAAUUUGAGAAUAUCAACUUUAUUUAUCCAUCUCGAAAAGAUGUAAAAGUUCUGAAUAAUCUCAAUUUCAUUGCUCGUGCUAAUCAAACAACUGCUCUCGUUGGUUCAAGUGGAUGUGGAAAAAGUACAAGUAUAUCACUUCUUCUUCGUUACUACGAACCAUCAUCAGGUCGAGUCAUGAUCAAUGGUCGAUCAGUUACCGAUUACAAUAUGAAACAACUUCGACAGAACAUUGGGGUUGUCAGUCAAGAACCUGUUUUGUUUGGUAUGAGUAUUUACGAAAAUAUUCGCCUCGGUAAACUGAAUGCAACAGGCGCAGAAAUUGAAGAAGCAGCACAACAAGCCAAUGCACAUAAUUUUAUUAUGAAAUUACCAAAUAAAUAUGAAACACUUGUUGGUGAAUGUGGUAUACAAUUGAGUGGUGGUGAAAAACAACGUAUUGCAUUAGCUCGCGCCCUCGUCAAACAGCCCAGCAUUCUUUUAUUGGAUGAAGCUACGAGUGCACUUGAUAAUGUUAGUGAAAAAAUUGUUCAAGUAGCACUUGAUCGAGCAUGCAAAGACCGUACUACUAUUAUUAUUGCUCAUCGUCUUAGCACAAUUCAAAAUGCCGAUUAUAUAUAUGUAUUAGAUAAGGGAAGUAUAAUCGAAGAAGGUACACAUAAAACAUUAAUGACAAAAGAAGGAGGGAAAUAUCAAACAAUGGUCAAAAGUCAACAAAUGAAGCGAAUGAUUGAUGACGAUGAUAAAGAUGAUAUAGCAUUCAAAGAUUGUGGAGGUUCUGAUGCACGUCCUAAAGUGUUGAUUUCUAGUCUUUUCUUUCUGUUGCUGGGUCUUCUUAUAUUGAUUCUUCGUUUUUUUCAGUAUACAGCUUUUGCUAUAGCAGGAUCGAAAUUGACUCAACGUAUCCGUUCAAAAGCUUUUGCACGCCUUCUUCGUCAAGAAGUCGCUUAUUUCGAUCGACCUGAAAAUAGUUCUGGCGCUAUCAGUGCUCGCCUUUCUUCCAAUGCAUCAGCUGUCCAAGAGAUGGCUGGUACAAGGUUGGGUUUUAUCUGUGAAGGUGUCGCAUUGUCCGGUUUUGGUCUAUCAUUUGGCUUUUUCUUCAAUUGGAAAUUGACAAUGACCAUACUUUUUCCUCUUAUUUUUCAAAGUAUGGCUGUUUAUCUGGACAUUCGGUUCAGUAGACAUCUCAAACAACAAUCUGGUCUUAUCCUUCAACGAGCAAGCACGCUUGCUGUUGAAGUCAUGCAGAAUAUACGUACAAUAAAACAGUUAUCCGUCGAAAAUGAAAUUUUACGACAAUAUUCUCAAUUUAUUGAUCAAAUAUUAAUAGCAUUUUGGAGACCUAAUAUAUCAGCUUCAUUACCAUAUGGUACAUACUGGUCAUUAGAAUCAUUUAUUUUGGCACUUCUGUAUUGGUGUUCUCUUAUCCUCAUUGAAAAGAACGAAUUAGCUUUGCAUAACACUAUAAUCGUCUCUGCUUUUGCUAUGUUUGCAUUUCAAUCAUUGAGAGUCGUCGGAAUGUUAUCUCGGCGUAUUGGUGCAUCGAUAACUGCUGCUGAAAUCUUUUUUGAUUUGUUUGAUCGAAUACCAACUAUUGACAAUGCAUCUACUAAAGGACAACAAUUGGUUAACUUUCGUGGAGAGAUAGAGUUCGAUCAAGUUAAAUUUGUAUAUCCAACUCGACCAACUACCAUUGUUCUUAACAAACUAAAAAUGACUGUUAAGCCAGGUCAACGCGUAGCUCUUGUAGGUACAUCUGGAUGUGGAAAAUCAACAAUUAUUCAACUAUUAGAACGAUUCUAUGAUGUUACACAUGGUCGACUAGUGAGUACAUUUCUAUCAUAUGGGCAAAAUCACCUACUUGAUGGUAUUAAUAUUCGACAAUUAAAUAUCCAAUGGAUUCGUUCUCGCUUGGGUCUUGUUAGUCAAGAACCCAUCUUAUUUGAUUUAACAAUUGCUGAAAAUAUAACAUAUGGAUUAGAAAAUAUUCCAAUGGAAGAUAUUAUCGAUGCUGCAACUAAAGCUAACAUUCAUCAAUUUAUUCAACAGUUGCCUCAGGGUUAUGAAACAAGAGUUGGAAUAAAAGGCAGUUUUCUAUCUGGUGGCGAAAAGCAACGUGUUGCUAUUGCUCGGAUUCUUCUUCGCCGACCUAAAGUAUUACUUUUAGAUGAAGCUACAAGUGCUAUGGACUCCUAUAACGAACAAAUUGUACAACAAGCUCUUGAACAGGCUCAGACAGAAGAUUCUAGUCGAGCGUCACUAAUUAUUGCUCAUCGUCUUUCAACUAUUCGUUCAUGUGAUUUAAUUUAUGUACUUGAUCAAGGACAUAUAGUAGAAAGUGGUACUCAUACAGAAUUGAUACAACAACGUGGAGUUUAUUAUCGAAUGCUUGCUACUCAGAAUAACUUAUAG